AUGGGACCCUCCCAAUUAAUCCUCAGCAUUUGUGGUUUUAUUUGGAACCAAGAACUGGGCCUCCAGAAGAGAGGAUGCUGUCUGGUGCUGGGCUACAUGGCCAAGGACAAGUUUCGGAGAAUGAAUGAAGGCCAAGUCUACUCCUUCAGUCAGCAGCCUCAGGACCAGGUGGUGGUGUCGGGACAACCGGUGACACUGCUAUGUGCCAUUCCCGAAUACGAUGGCUUCGUUCUUUGGAUCAAAGAUGGCUUGGCUCUGGGUGUGGGCAGGGACCUCUCAAGCUAUCCACAGUACCUGGUGGUAGGGAACCACCUGUCAGGAGAGCACCACCUGAAGAUCCUGCGGGCAGAGCUGCAAGACGAUGCCGUGUAUGAGUGUCAGGCCAUCCAGGCUGCCAUCCGCUCCCGCCCCGCACGCCUCACAGUCCUGGUGCCACCCGAUGACCCUGUCAUCCUGGGAGGGCCUGUGAUCAGCCUGCGGGCGGGGGACCCCCUCAACCUCACGUGCCACGCAGACAACGCCAAGCCUGCAGCCUCCAUCAUCUGGUUGCGAAAGGGAGAGGUCAUCAAUGGGGCCACCUACUCCAAGACCCUGCUUCGGGAUGGCAAGCGUGAGAGCAUCGUCAGCACCCUCUUCAUCUCCCCCAGCGACGUGGAGAAUGGGCAGAGCAUCGUGUGCCGUGCCACCAACAAAGCCAUCCCCGGAGGGAAGGAGACCUCGGUCACCAUUGACAUCCAGCACCCCCCACUGGUCAACCUAUCGGUAGAACCGCAGCCGGUGCUGGAGGACAAUGUCGUCACGUUCCACUGCUCUGCAAAGGCCAACCCGGCUGUCACCCAGUACAGGUGGGCCAAGCGGGGCCAAAUCAUCAAAGAGGCAUCUGGAGAAGUGUACAGGACCACUGUGGACUACACAUACUUCUCAGAGCCUGUCUCCUGCGAGGUGACCAACGCCCUGGGCAGCACCAACCUCAGCCGCACAGUGGACGUCUAUUUUGGGCCCCGGAUGACCACAGAGCCCCAGUCGCUACUUGUGGAUCUGGGCUCUGAUGCUAUCUUCAGCUGUGCCUGGACCGGCAACCCAUCCCUGACCAUCGUCUGGAUGAAGCGGGGCUCUGGAGUGGUCCUGAGCAAUGAAAAAACCCUGACCCUCAAAUCCGUCCGCCAGGAGGAUGCCGGGAAGUAUGUGUGCCGGGCCGUAGUGCCCCGUGUAGGAGCCGGGGAACGAGAGGUGACCCUGACUGUCAAUGGCCCCCCCAUCAUCUCCAGCACCCAGACCCAGCACGCCCUGCACGGCGAGAAGGGCCAGAUCAAGUGCUUCAUCCGCAGCACCCCGCCGCCCGACCGCAUCGCCUGGUCCUGGAAGGAGAAUGUGCUAGAGUCGGGGACAUCAGGGCGCUACACAGUGGAGACCAUCAGCACGGAGGAGGGCGUCAUCUCCACCCUGACCAUCAGCAACAUCGUGCGCGCCGACUUCCAGACCAUCUACAACUGCACCGCCUGGAACAGCUUCGGCUCUGACACCGAGAUCAUCCGACUCAAGGAACAAGGUUCGGAAAUGAAGUCGGGAGCCGGGCUGGAAGCAGAGUCUGUGCCGAUGGCCGUCAUCAUUGGGGUGGCCGUGGGAGCCGGCGUGGCCUUCCUCGUCCUCAUGGCAACCAUCGUGGCUUUCUGCUGUGCCCGUUCCCAGAGAAAUCUCAAAGGUGUUGUGUCAGCCAAAAAUGAUAUCCGAGUGGAAAUUGUCCACAAGGAGCCUGCCUCUGGUCGGGAGGCUGAAGAGCACCCCACCAUCAAGCAACUGAUGAUGGACCGGGGUGAAUUCCAGCAAGACUCAGUACUGAAGCAGCUGGAGGUCCUCAAAGAAGAAGAGAAAGAGUUUCAGAAUCUGAAGGACCCCACCAACGGCUACUACAGUGUCAACACCUUCAAAGAGCACCACUCAACCCCAACUAUCUCCCUGUCCAGCUGUCAGCCAGACCUGCGUCCAGCGGGCAAGCAGCGCGUGCCCACGGGUAUGUCCUUCACCAACAUCUACAGCACCCUCAGUGGCCAGGGCCGCCUCUACGACUACGGGCAGCGGUUCGUGCUGGGCAUGGGCAGCUCAUCCAUCGAGCUUUGUGAGCGGGAGUUCCAGAGAGGCUCCCUCAGCGACAGCAGCUCCUUCCUGGACACACAGUGUGACAGCAGCGUCAGCAGCAGCGGCAAGCAGGAUGGCUACGUGCAGUUCGACAAGGCCAGCAAGGCCUCCGCCUCCUCUUCCCACCAUUCCCAGUCCUCUUCCCAGAACUCUGACCCCAGCCGACCCCUGCAGCGGCGGAUGCAGACUCAUGUCUGAGGAUCACACACUGCGGGUGGGGACCGGCCGGGGAAGAGGGCAGGGCACGUGCCGAUUGUCCAGGGACAUGGGGCACUUUGCAGAGGACCCCAGUACUGGACACCUCCAGGACAGCCUCACAGCACGUCUGUCACCACUUCCUUCGAAGCUCUGAUCAAGCACAAAUCUGGGUCCCCAGCUGCGGUGUGCCAGAGGCAGUGGGUGUGGAAACGGACAGGGGUGCAGCCGAGUGCGCUGUGCUCAGUGCUGGACACCUUUGUCCCCACCCCUUUCCUGGAGACCCCUCCAUGACCUGCUCCUCCCACAGGCUCACGUGGCAGCUAUCACUCUGCUUUCAUGAAACUGCCGUCCACUCUCCAGUGUCCCGUAGGCUCUACCCCUUGCCUACUGCAAGCCCUCCCCCGUGCCUGUGCUCCCACGCAGCCCUGGGGAAAAGGGGGUGAAGUUCUCCCCAGCACUAAGCUGCCCCAGAGACCCUGGCUCCCCCUGCUGCGCACAGCCCAUACCUUGGAGGCUGAGAAGCCAGAAAUGGCCUUAGCCGAAGAGGCAACUCUCUCACCACACCGGCUGGGAGCCCACCCCCAAUUUGUUUGGUGUUUUGUGUCCAUACUCUUGCAGUUUUGUCCUUGGACUUGAUACCUCUGAACUCUGAGGUGGGACUGACCCCAUCAGAGCCUGGUGUCCUGGGAGGGGAGGGAGGGGAAGGAAGGAGGGAAAGUGUGAGUCCUUGGGGAACACCUUACCCAACACCCCCCCACACUAGGCUGUGUGAUUCUGAGUCUCCCCCACCCACCCUCCUGCUUUGUGUACUCCUCCUCCCCCUCAGCACUAUUGGAGUUAAUAUAAGAAGUGUGAGAGCUUCUCUGUUCGGGGUCUUUGAACAGUUACAGAGUGUUUCCUGGGAAAUGUCGGGUUUGAGGGGGCUGGGGGCAGGUCUUUAAGAUGGUGAGACUCGCCUUCUCAGAUGAUGAUAAACACACAAGGAAUGAUGAUCCUGACUUCAGUAAGACUCCAUGAGCAAGAGAGCAAGUAUGUCUACACCUCACUUCUCCUAUUCACCACCUGAGAAUAAAUGUUAGGGCCAUUACUCUAAA